CAUGCUCUCCGAAUGGGAAUAUUAUUGAACUGUCAGAUUCCGAAUAGUUGUCGGUUUGAUCGCAAGCAUUACUUCUAUGCUGAUAUGCCAGCUGGGUACCAGAUAACGCAAAGUGAGCGUCCCAUAGCGAAAAAUGGGAAGUUUCGAUUUUCAGUUUAUAGUGAAGAUGUGCAGUCAUACAGCAAAGAGAUUGGCAUAAUUCAAUUACAACUAGAGCAAGACAGCGGAAAAUCGAUUCACUUUGGUCCUGUUUCUCUAAUUGAUCUCAAUCGUGCAGGUACACAAUCUGAUCCAAUGAUUAGCACAUAUAUUCUACAGAAUACGAGACCUUUUUCAGGAACAGCUCUGGUAGAAGUAGUAACUACUCCGGAUUUUUCCACAGCUUUAGAAGCGAUGUGCUUUGUUCAGCAGCUUCGCCUACUUUUAAUGCAUCAUGGAAUAUGUAAAGGAGAAAUGCACAAGGGUCAAUUACGAGUUGAUGCCAAUGUAUCCUUAACACACCUUGGUGAGAAGGGUGUUCGAACAGAGUUUGAGCUUGACCGAUCACGAAGCGACGCAUCUUGCGUACAGCUGCGGAUAAAGAAUAUCAAUAGCCUACGUCAUCUGCAUACCGCAAUAAAUUUCGAAAUUGAUCGUCACUACAAAGUGAUCUCAGACGGAGGCAAAGUGAUAAACGAGACGAGGAUGUGCGAUGAGCACGGCCGUACUGUUUCCAUGCGAGAUAAGGAAGUCAAAACGGACUAUCGAUUUAUACCGGAGCCUAACCUACCUACUUUAAAGAUCCUCCCCCAAUGGAUUGAUGAAUGCACCAGUUCUAUAUCAAGUACUCCAAGCUACAUUAGGUAUCAGAAACUAGGAUUUGAGGCAAGGAGAGCGAUUUAUUAUGCGGAAAAUCCUCCAUUAUCAAGAUUUUUGGACAUGUGCACAGAUCGGUUGCCAAGAGUUGGUGCAGAGAAUUUUGUGAAUUGGAUGAAUGAGUUGAAAUUGAUCUUGCAAAGGAGUAAAGCUACUUAUCCUCCUGAAAAUCCAGAAUUUGCGGAUCAAUUUAUGACGGUUGCUGAGUAUCACGCCAACGGCAAAAUUACAAAGUUACGCGCCCUGGAGGCGCUUAGGCUAUUUGCAACAAAUAUACAGGAUGCUAAAGAGUACUUUGAGAAAGCGAAUGCUUGGCGGAUAACUGAUGAGCAAAUGAUCUUGUCUAUGACAGAAGAUAUAUUGAAAAGAAAUGGAAAAUUGGUUGAGAAGGCUAUGGCGGGACAUGCGAAAUCUUUGUCGAAACUGAAGAAGCUGCUUAUAGACCAAUCGGACAAGCGAAUUGAAAUUGAAGAUGCUGAAAGGGCAGUUGCUAGGAAAAUUUGGGAGUUGAAAAUUGAAAAGCAAAAAAGUAUAUCUUAGUA